AUGCGCUUUCGAACACAAUUAAAGGACAGCAGGACAUUCUCCAAGCUGACGGCAUCCCUGUCCUCUCUGGGCAAGGUAUGUUGGAUGCGCCUGGAGUACGAGGUAGUCCGCUUUACCAUCAUUCCCGACCAAGGCACCCAAGUAUGGGCCUCAAUACCAGUCAGCACCAUCUUCGAUGAGACGACCUACGAGCUAGAAUCCAACUCCGACGCCAUCAAUAUCGAAGUCAACAUCAGCGUCUUGAACCGAGCUCUGCGCUCCUCCUGGGGCUCAACACAUACGCAACUUCGCCUAACCAAGAAAGACAGAACCCCACUUCUAGCCCUAACAGUCCUUUCGUCAGAAUGGACAGACGGAAACAUGGCCUUGGCCACAAACAAUGACCAAAAUGGCGUCAAUAAUCGCCCGAAUUCAGCGACAGGCGACACAACAGGGGAGCGAGGACCCCGCGAGCGCCAGACAUGUAUCACCCAAGAAGUCCCUAUAAAGAUUCUCCACGAAGCAGCAGUCGAAGGCCUUCACGAGCCGCACUGCCCAGACCCAGAAGUGCACAUCAUCCUCCCCAAUCUCGCGCAGCUGAAGAGCAUCUCCGAUCGCUUCACGAAACUCGCUUCUACAGACACGAAAAGUCGCCAGCCGGGGGUCAUGGCGCUCGACGCGCCGGGUAUGCACUCGGCAUCCUUCAAUGGGUCGGGUGCUAGCACCGCUGCGACGACAUUGUCUACUAAUACGUCUCCCAAGUUGGAACUAUCUGCCAACAUGCAUGGCUCAUUACGUCUGGCUAUUGCCACUGAUGAGUUGCGUAUUGCGAGUGUCUGGUCUGAUCUUGUGAACCCGCCAUUGGACCCGGAGCAGAUGUCACAGGAACAGAUCUCGCAGCUUCCGAGUGAGCAAAAUCGGAUGCGUGAGGCGAGGGAGGGUGAUGAGUCUGGUUGGGCCAAAGUGCGGAUUGAUGGCAAGGAUUGGAGUCGGGUACUUAGUAUUGGGCGACUCAGUCCGAAGGUCGUUGCUUGUUUCAUCAAUGAAAUGGCACUGGUUCUAUACGUCUAUCUGCCGAGCACUCAGGAUGGGGCCGAAUCUUGUUUAACUUAUUAUAUCAAUUCCUUCACCACAUGA